GUUCAACUUAAAUCAUUUCCAUGGAUCACAAUUUAUCCCCCAGACAUACCAAGCAGUUAACAUGGAGUCAACAGAGACAUAUUAUCUCAUGAAUAUUGAGACUGUAAUAUUUUAGAACUUAAAUAUUAAAAGGAAUCAGUACAGGGAUGUCCGAAUCACAAGCUACAGUUAAUGGUUCCCCAUUUAAACAUUGCUUUUCAAAAAAAGCCUAUGAAUAUCCAUUAUAAUGUUUCUUCUGGAAUAGGGCUGUCCUCCAUCUCUGUUGGUUAUUACUGUCACUGGUUUUGCACUGUUAGACACUGAAUUAAAUUUAAAACUCAGAUAAGAGUACCUGCCAUGGUGCGGUUAUUGCUGCAGUUAGUCUGGCCAAGUUCCUUCUCCUGGCCUUCAUACAUCAGCAACUUUGAGCAAGUGAGGAAACCCUCAAGUGUAAAUAUCAACUGACUUUUCCUCCCUUAGUUCCUUGGUCCUUUGGGAAUCAAACUAGGAAAGCCUCUUUGGGCAAAGUUCACAUGGGCUCACACCGAAGACCAUCCCCCCCUCCCUUCCCCCAGCCCUGUCAGUCCUGUGAAGUACCUGUGCUAGCUGCAGGUCAGAGGCUGAGCUGGGGAGAGCGUCCAGCAAUCUCCACAACGCCAUUGACCAACAUUCCAAAGAGGCCGAGAGCCCUGGCCCACUGGUGCUUCCUGAGGAAACAACAGUCACUUCCUGCUACAUUAGGGAAAGCUGAGGCUGUGCUCAGUGAUAACCGUGCUGAGGUAGAGACCAAACACUCCCACCUCACCACCCAUAACCACCACCUUCCUCUCUCUCUCUCGCUCGCUCUCUCGCUCUCUCUCUCUGAUGUUUCUUUUUCUCGCUUUCGUUGACUAUUCCGCCCAGUGUGAAGUUGUCGUUGGUCACUUCAGUCUCUCACUUCUCUCGACAGUCACCUCUGCAGUCCGCCAUGUGGGACCACCAGCGGCCUUCGCACAGGAUGGCCACCUGCAAUCUCCUCUUCCUCCUCCUCUUCACAUGCCAAAGAGUAAAAGCGGAGUUCAGCAUUGAUGACCUCAGCCUGACAUUUGACCCCGGUGCUGAUGUGGGGAGGGACACCAAUGUGACUGUAACGUGCCAUGCCACUGUUAGCAGAAGCCAAGGCUUCACCCCACAAUACGAGUUCAGCAUCGAGAAGGACAACAAAGUAGUGAACAGGACCACCAGCACUUCCGACACCUUCGACUACCCCAUCAAGGCAGCCAGGGUGUCUGACUCAGGGGGUUACCAGUGCCGCCUGUCCAUCCAAGGAAAGAAGAAAUCCAGCAAAAAGGAGACACUUACCAUCACAGGAACUCAGACACCCCAGAUUUCUGUGGAUAGCAGCAGCAUCAUGGAGGGCGAUGAAGUGACUGCCACGUGUAGAGCCCCAGGAGAGAGAGGCGCGUUUACUUAUUACUUCUACGUGGGCGACCAAGAGGCUGCGAUUCGUGAGUCCAAUAUAGAGGAAUCAAGUGUAAAGCUGCAGCUCUCAAACAGUGGCCGCAACAAUUUGACCUGCCAAUACUUCGUUAGUCUGCUUGGAAAACACAUGCCAUCGUCUGUCAGUACGCCAAAGUAUGUCUUUGUCAAAGAGAUAGCCAUAUCUGUUUCACUGGCCAUCUCCCCGUCCAUGGAAAUCAUUGAGGCAGACAAUUUCAGUGCCUCCUGUGUGGUCAACUCUUCACCUCGGUCAGAGACGGUCAGCUUAAUCAUGGGCAAAAAUAUUCUCUCCCAGGGGAGGGGCAGGGUCGAUUACAGCGCAGUAGCAAAAGCAAAUGACUCUGGAGAGUACAUGUGCAAGGUGGAGGUUAAUGGUGUUGCCAAGACAGACAAGAAGAUGUUGAUGGUGAAAGAGCUCUUCUCAAAACCCAGGCUAAUUUUUAAUCCAGAGCAAGCAUUUGAAGGUGAAUUUGUCCGUCUUUCUUGCGAAAGCACCAACUUGGAAAGAAUCAAGAAAGAGGACAUAAAGUACUCUAUUUAUAAAAACAACUAUCUCCAACCAAUGGGAAACAUAAACGGCCAAAUGGUUAUCCAAGCCGGCCCUUCAGGCAAUGACAAUUACCACUGCAUGGCAGAAGCAAAGUCCAUCUCAAAGAAAAGCGACGUGAUCAUCUUCAGAUCUAAAGUGCUUGCCUCCAAGCCUGACAUUUUUGUCAAGCAAAAAGUCAUUCUGGGAGAGAAAUUUGAUAUCUAUUGCAAGUCCAAUGGCACCCUUCCCAUUACCUACACACUAUACCAAGGUGGUAAGAAGUUACAGAACACCACCAUUUACGAUUCAUGGGCCGAGGCUCGCUUCAACACCUCCAUCAAACAGAAAGAACACAUCGGCACUUUUCGGUGCCGUGCUCAGAAUGACGGUUCCAAGAACUAUAGCGACAGCCUACCUCUGAGUGCCGUUGUUGUAGAGCAUUUGGGCAAGCCCCUGCUGACCACCCUGCCCGUGCCCCACAACGUUGAGGAGGGCCAAGAGCUGACCCUCAUCUGCAACGUCCCCAGUGGCACACCGCCCAUCACCUUCAAGUGGUUCUCCUCUGGAAGCAAAACAGUCCUCCACACCAAAACGGUCAACGCCAACUCUAGCCACCAUGUCAUCCCCCAGAUGGAGAAAACGGACAGCGGCGAAUACUACUGCCAUGCCCUCAACGCUGCCAAUGCUGUGGACAGUGAUCGGGUCAUCAUCCAAGUGAAGUUGGCUUCCUGGAAGAAAGUGGUGAUCGUUGGCAUCUGCCUGCUGGUUGUCGCCGCCCUAGUGGUCGUCAUUAUAGCGCGCUACAAAGCCAAGCGAGGUAAAAGAGAGACGACUACUGAACUGUCAGUAAAGCCUGCGAGCCCUAAAUCAGAUGACACUCUCGCAGUGAAUAUGAGCCCUGACACACCGUUUUUAAACAAAGUGGGUGUGAACGUCGGACCAAGUGUGUGGACUGAAAGACCGUCCAGCUCAGACAGCAGCGAUCGGAGCAGCGUCCACUCCCACAACGACCCUGAUGUGGAGUACACAGAGGUGGUCCAUCCACAGCCUGUAGAUCCAGCCAGAGGUGAGGACGCACUGCUUACUCACUGCAGUUCCUUUAAAGAAGGGCACAGAUACCGUGUACAGUGAGCUCCAAACAGCCCCACUAGACCCAUCUGAGCAUGUAGAUAACGGUGCAGUGGAGUAUGCUGAGCUUAAUCAUGAUCUUCCUGAGCCUGUGGACUGAUGUGGUCUCUGCUGGAGAUGGUAUCACGCCACCGCCGGGCUCUGCUGCCUCUUGCCUUGGAAGGCUCCUCUGGGAAAACUGCCAUACUUGGAAGGCUCCUCUGGGAAAACUGCCAUAAUUGGAAUUGGAAAUAAAUGUAAUUGUUAAUGGAAAAUAUGGGAUACAAACGGUAUCUCACAAUUACUGAAUUAAUUAAGGAGUAUUAAGAUGUGUUUUUGUGUACAUUUUGCUAUGCCUCACACGAGUUCCCUAAUUGUUUGGGUGACGUUGUAUGAUCCAUAUGGCAGUGAGGUGAGGUUGUGCAAGGCUCUAGACUAGAAUUCUCAUCUUCUCAUCAUUAUGUUGCCUCCCUGUUUUUACUGAUCUUCAUCCAUUCUUAGAUAUUUUGUGUUUUGUUUUACCUUUCAUAAAUUCUUAUUCUGUAUCUGCCAAAAUCUAUGAUGAAAAGUCCUUUAGAUUCUUUAUUCUUAGGUACUAGAUACCAUUACUUCCCAAUGUUAUUUAAUGAUGACUUUUUGUGUUGUAAAUGUCUACUCAGCAAAAUCAAUGUUUAUCCAUUGAGACCUGACUGAGGCUGUUCAGUAAAUUGUCACUGAACAAAAGAAAAUGACUCCUUUAU